AGUCAUUAAUGACAUUGCCCCCACACCCACCUCUCUAGCUAGCUCCUCAUACCCCCCUUAACCAUUCCCUUUCCCCUCUCUUCCUCUCUCAAUUCCCUCCAAAGAAAGGAAUUAUGCUUAAUCCAGCAACUGAACUAGCCAGCAACCAUGCCCAUGCAUUCAAUCCAACCAGACAAAAAAAUGACAGUUAUGACAGUUGGGAUGCUACUAGUUUUGGUGCCAAACCUCGAAAAACAGCCAAAAACUAUGACAACUAUAGGAAUUCCAAUGGUGGGGGAGUUCAGUUUAGACCUGAUUGUAUGGAAGAUGAAUCCGGUGUUUGUUCACCGCCUCUGUGGACAACAAGUCCAUCUAGAAGUCCAUUGCAUCCGCGACAUCCACACAACAGUUACCGCGCUCUAUCUCCAAACUCAAGAGAUCAAGAAAUAGCCAGAGGUCAGUGGGAGCUUAUGGAGAUGGUCAAGAACAUGCCUGAGUCAUCCUAUGAGCUGUCCUUGAGAGAUCUUGUUCAGCACAGUAAAAUGGAAGCUCAAGAAGAGUGUUUGCUUGAAGAGAAAUUUUUUGAAAAUGGAUUAGUAAACCAAAGUGUGCAGAUCAAGAGGCAAGAAAUUAAGAAUAGUGAAUGGAAAGCAAAGAUGAUGAGAAGUGGAAGCAUUGAGCAUAGGGGAUUGUUUCUUAAGAUGGUCUUUCCAGUUUCUUUGGGAUCAAUGAAGAAAAAAAAUUUAGGAAAAAAACCUUGUGCUAAAGUUUCUCCGAAUCAUAAGGCUACGGAAAAAUCUCCAAAGGGUGUUGAUAAAGAGUGGUGGAAGCUGAAAAGAUUUUCCUUUUCAAGUGAGAGUGAAGCUGGUGGAGGAAGCAGCCCGGGUGGAAGCACCGGAAAUAGUGGCAGCAGAAGUAGCAGUAGCAACAGCAGCAAAGGCAGAAGGAAGAGGAGUGUUUUCUUACAUGGGUGCUGUUACUUUUCUCACACCAAGAAGAGUAUCUUCAAAGUGGAAAAGCAGACUACCACUAAAUAAUGUCUGGAUGACCUAGCAUAUGCAUGUAUAUUCUUUAAAGAUUUUCACAUACAUGGUAUUUCUAUUUCUUUUUUCUUUUUUUCUUUUUCUUUUUUCAUUUUAUCAGUUUCCCAAUUUUCAUCUACUUUUGUUUGGCAAGAGAGAGAGUGUUGAGCUUUCUUAAUUUUUCUUUUCUACUAUAGCAAUAGAACAAUUAAAUAAUGUCAUUCUCUGUC